AUGGUGGUGAAAAGUGACAAUGAAUGGAUUGAUGGUUCGCACUUGGAUGCAGCGCGUGUGACUGAAAUCGUUGGGAGAAACGGUCCAGAUAUGUCGGCGAAAGUAGCUGGUGCUCCGAAAACUUCGGGAAAAGAGUCCUCAUUCAAGGACAAAGACAAGCCGGAAAGUGUUCGCAACAGCAAUAUUGUGGCUGCAAAGGCGGUGGCAGAUGCUGUUCGAACAUCGCUUGGUCCUCGGGGAAUGGACAAGAUGAUCCAGUCUGGCAACGGUGACGUUACUAUCACCAACGACGGUGCGACGAUAUUGAAUCAAAUGAGUGUCGUUCAUCCAACUGCAAAAAUGCUUGUUGAGCUCUCUAAAGCUCAAGAUAUUGAAGCAGGUGAUGGCACUACAACUGUUGUGGUAAUCGCUGGCGCUCUGUUGGAUGCUGCGCAAACUCUUCUUCAGAAAGGUAUUCAUCCUACUACCAUCUCGGACUCAUUCCAAGCUGCCGCAACCGAAGCAGAAAAGAUUCUCGUAGGAAUGAGCUCCUCUGUAGAUCUAUCCAACGAUGAACUACUUGUCAAAAUGGCAACAACUUCUCUCAAUUCCAAGGUGGUCUCCCAACACUCUUGGCUACUCGCCCCAAUGGCAGUGAAUGCUGUCAAACGUAUCAUUGAUCCUGCCCAUGACGCAUCUGUUAACCUAAAAAUGAUAAAGAUCAUCAAAAAGAUGGGAGACACCGUCGAGGAAUCUGAAAUGAUUGAUGGAGCACUAAUAGACCAGAAAACAAUGGGUCGCGGAGGGCCCACUCGUGUCGAGAAAGCCAAAAUCGGCCUGAUCCAAUUCCAGCUUAGUCCACCAAAGACCGAUAUGGAGAACCAGGUCAUAAUCUCUGACUACACUCAAAUGGAUCGUGCUCUAAAAGAAGAACGUCAAUAUAUUCUCGAUCUAUGCAAACAGAUCAAGAAAGCUGGGUGCAAUGUGCUUCUUAUUCAGAAGAGCAUUCUCAGAGAUGCUGUGAACGAAUUAUCGCUGCAUUUCCUUGCAAAGAUGAAAAUUAUGGUAGUUAAAGACAUUGAACGCGAGGAUAUAGAGUUUUACUCUAAGAUCCUCGGAUGCCGUCCUGUUGCUUCGGUGGACCACUUUGUCCCAGAAGCAUUAGGAUCUGCCGAUCUCGUUGAGGAAAUCCCAUGUGGAGCUGAUGGAAAAGUCAUUAAGGUCACUGGUGUUGCUAAUCCUGGACAAGCAUGCUCCAUUCUCCUUCGUGGUUCCAACAAAUUGGUUCUGGAGGAAGCAGAACGUUCUCUUCACGACGCGCUUUGCGUUGUCCGAUGUUUGGUUAAGAAAAAGGCACUCAUUCCUGGUGGAGGUGCACCAGAAAUGGAAGUUGCUGUACAGCUGCGUCAGCUAGCCCAAAAACAACUAGGAGCACAACAGUAUUGUUGGCGAGCAUUUGCAGACGCUCUUGAACUAGUGCCUUAUACGCUUGCCGAAAAUGCUGGUUUGUCACCGAUUCACACUGUGACUGAAUUACGUACGCAACAUGCCAAUGGAAAUACUGACUAUGGAGUUAACGUCAGAAAGGGUUAUGUUACUGACAUUCGUGAAGAAAAUGUCCUGCAACCUUUGUUGGUUACUCUUUCUGCGGUUAAACAGGCAUCGGAGUGUGUAAGAUCCAUUCUCAAAAUCGACGACAUCGUUAUGGCCGUACGCUAG